CGGCGGCCUGGGCCGCCUGGGGGGUUCCACGGAGUGAGAUGGGCGGCUUGGGAGGCGGCCUGGAGAGGAGGGCGGAGGGCCCCGCACCCUCCUCCCAUCAUCGUCUUCCCGCGGGGACCCCCGUUCCCUCAGCGUUUCCCACGCUGUCAUUACAGGGCUCCAGGCCAGCAGCCCAGAGGACCCUGGGAGUCACUGUCACACCACUCACAGCCAGGCCCUCGCAAGAUGCUCGGCCCUCCCCUCUCAGGCCUUGCACACACCCCCGAGGGACCAAGGGAUCUUCUCGGAGGACAUGGUGGCUGGCCUCACCCCCACUUGGAGCUCCAACUCUGCCCUCUGUUCAUGCUCUGCACGUGGUCUCAAGCCUUCGCACGUGCUGUGCACCCCCAGCCAGCGUCGUCCCUGGCCUCGGUGAACCUGUCCUGCAGAUUCUGUCUGUGUCUUUCCUCAGGAAGGCCUGCUGGAUCCCCGGGUACACCAGGCCCCUGGUGCUUUGGGCUCCAGAGGUCUCCAGUGCCCAUCAUAGCACCAGCACAGACGAGCUCAAGAAGAGGGUUGGAUGCUUUCUGGGACCUGGGGUGGCGGCAGAAUCGUGUGAAAGCGCUAAGGACACAGGCCACCCGAAAGCGAGGACGUGCACAUCCUCGGCAGCGCUGCUCUUAAUGGCCAGGGUGCAAACAGCCCAAGUAUCCGCUUCGCCAACAGAUGAUAGACGGAGAACAGAGUGUGUCUGUCUCUCAGCCCUAAACAGGAGCGAGGCCCUGACACACUACGACAGGGGAACCUCGAAAACGCUCAGACGCGCGCAGCAGCAGGAAGAAGGGGCCGAGCGUGGCGACUGCACGUCCACGAAAUGCCCGCAAAGGCACGGCCGCGGAUGCCGGAGGCAGACUCGUGGGUCUGGGCGGGUGGUGGUGAGUGACCGCCAAUGGGCGCAGGGUUCCUUUGGGGGUGACAAACAUGCCCGAGAGUUAGAGGUGGUGGUGGCACCAGCUUGUCACACGCUCAAACACUGAGCUGCACAUUGGGAGCGGGUGGCUCUCAUGGUCUGGAGCUCGUCUCCGUGGAGCAGGAAGCGCGCCCGUGCCUGCCGCACCGGCUGUCCCUGAGUGCCCGGCCCAGGCCUGCGCCGGCUCCGUCUCCUGCGGCACAGAUCACGCUGCUCCUGCCGCCCGGACAGAACCCUGCCUUUGUCCGGCUCCUCCUCGGCCUGCUGCGCUUGGCUCCCCGUUUACAGCGAAAUUCCUAGAAAGAGCCACCCGCCCUCCCACGCCUGGUUUCUCUCCCCUGCCCCUGCUCGGUGCUGAGGACGUGGGCGUGGCUCUGCCUGAUGGACCUGCCCACAGCCCGCAUCUCACCUGGUGGGCAGAUGACCCCUUUCCACUCACUCAGGCCAAUGACCGUGGAGUCCCCAGACCCCUCUCCUUCGCCCACAUCCGUUCCACGUGGAAACCCAGACCGCCUGCUGCCACCCCCACAGGUCCCCACCCCUGCCCAGACCCCACUCCCCUUGCCACCAGAGUGGCCCUCCAAGCCAGAAGUCAGAGCAUGUGGCCCCUCCCCCUCCACUGGCCCCCGCACUGCCCGUGGGGCCUGCCCGACCCCAUAGCUGGCUCUUCGAAAUGGCCAGCAAAGCCGAUGAACCUCCAGCUGGACUGAUCAGUGAGGAGCAGGUUCCCACUGUCCAUGUGACAGGGACAUCGCCACGUGGCCUGCAGACACCAAAAAUAACAGUGUGGCAUGGGCAGCAGGCAAGCAAAGCACUGGCCACAUGUGAGACAGCACACCAUGACCUUAGUCACAGUUCAUUUCACAGUCCAAACCACCAAUGCAGCUCCUCAGUCAGCAGGAGCAAAACAUCUGGUAUUUCAUCAGCUGAAGAAAAGCACAUGUGGCAAAAUUCAACCUCCAUCCACAAAGCUAACUCAGGAGAUGAGGCGCAAACUUCCUCCACGCAGCAAAGAGCAGCUACAAAAACCCACGGCAACCUCGUCCUCAGCAGCGACGAGGGACAUGUCCGCGAA